AUGUCCGCACCCACCUUUGCCCUUGCCACUGCAGCUCUUCAAGCCGAGGGAAAUGGAAGAAAAUCGACAGAAUAUGUCGAGCGACGAGAUCGAUUGCUGCAUGAUCUCCCCAAGGUGCAGGGUUUCGGCGGGUUUCUUGCUCGUUUUCCGUCCAAGCCUGCUCGUGAGGAGGGCGUCCCAGACGAUAAUGCCAUCGCGACAGCCAUUUUCCAUGUUUUAGCGAUGAAAUCAAAAUCCUCGUGCGUUAUCGUGGCAUGGAAACUGAGUGCUUGGGAAGUCUCAGAAUUACAAUCAGCAGUAAGGAGGGGCGAUUGA